AUGAGGCAAUGUGUCAUCAAUAAUGCCACAGAUUUCUUCAAGGCUGUCGACGAAGGAUCCCAGAUUGUAGUUACCCUCAUCACAGCAGAGGCAGUGCAAGAAAGAGAGAAGAGCCUUGACCUUCGAGAUGUCUUUGCAAAUGCAGCCCAGAUACAGGGGAUAAGUCAGUAUCACUGGGUUGGAAUCAAUCAUAAGGGCGAGUUAACUACCAAAAGGUACAGUGCAGCAGAAGUUUCAACAAACAAUGUCGUAGAUGAAUCUUCAGACCUUGAAAGUAGUGAUUGUGACAGCAGAUCACCCCAAGAUGUUAUACCAAUUGCAACAGAGAUUGGUCAGUGGUAUGCUGUGUACUGGAGACCAAAUAACUAUCAGUUUAUUGGCAGAGAAUUGCAAAUUGAGUUGGAUCGGCGGGUCACUAUGGAAUUUGUACAUCAAACAGCCGAAGACGUAAAUUGUUUUAAGCCAACCAAUGACAUAGAUACAGUUCCUGCAUGUGACAUUUUGAUUAAAAUAGAAUCACCAACACCACUUUCCUCUUCUAGAUGCUCUGCAGUAAAGUUAACUGAUUCCGAGUACCAACAUGUUCAAGAAGCUUUCAGAAGCAAAGUUGAGGACAUGUGA